CGCCAUACCUGUACAGCUUCAGAGUGACAUUGGAUCGCUUCUCUGAUGAUCAGCAAUGGCGGGCAGAAGUCGGUCACUCGAUAUAGUGUACCCUCGUUCUGAUGGCGUAGCGAGCAGUACUUGGCCGGUUCUAUUUCAGUCGAGACAGAGCUCGCAAUGUCUACAGGCUCGGGCAUGCUUCAAGCUUCCGUCUGACGGAUGUUGACGCUCUCCAUUCGCAGGCGUUAUCGUCAGACUUGUCUCGGACACGCCAAUCUCAUUGGAUUCAAUCGCUUGGCGUGCGUGCUGUUCGGCCGAGUAUACCAUGCACCUGUUCACCGAUACCGAGCUACACCUGAUGACGAGGAUGGAAGAGCACACCACACUCUACUGCGGAGCUCACUCCAAAUCGGGAGCCAAGCGUGAUUGCAACCUCGACAGCCUAGGCAAUCCGCCAGAGGAAACACGAUGUCCGACGGUCUCAAGACUGCUUGCGUACUACGAUCGAACUGCUCAAUCGUACUAUACGACCAUCACAGCCGGCUUCUUCAAUAAUUGCCCAGCAUCCACGGCUCCCGGUAUCUUUUCCAUCUUGUUGCUUGCCUCUCCAAACGCACAGCUCGCAUUCGAGCUCGAGGUACUCCCGCCGAUUUACGACUCGACCGAUUGGACCGUCAUCGCGUCUGGGCCUCCCGGCGUCAAAUCGAUCAUUACUCACGAUCGUCUAUCUAGCGUACAGCCUGCUGUCACCGUCUCACUCAAGAUCGACUUCAACGAAAGACAGCAGCACUAUGCAGAUUGGAUCGAAUGUUGUCAAGCUUGGCUCACCUUCAGUGCCGAGAUCGAUGUGCUCGAGCAGAAGAUGACAAUCAUACCAGAUAGUCAGAAGCUCGAGGUCUACUGUGCAACGACGAGCGAGCGUGAUCCGAUGAGUGGCAGCUCGUCCAAAUGUUCGCCGGCUGCGCUGGGUCAUCCCAAGGGUGAGCCCAAACUCAGACGGUGAUCAAACAGCUCAUGCAUCUCCCCUUUAGCCGUCACACAAUGUGUUGGCUCGAUCAACCUUGGCGCAUCGUCGCUCAAAACCAUGUAGCGCUCGAUCUGAUGCAUCAUCCCGUUUGAUGACACGCAUCCUCGGCCUCUUGCGUUUCGUCCCACUCUGACCUCACAAGAUGCGCUCGAUCAAUCUUCUCGCUUUCUAUCUCUUUGCCGGCCGUUACGCUGCUUCUAUUCUGCCUCAAGAAUACCAGAUUGACCUGUGGAUCCAUGGCUUUUGCGACCCCACACAAGAGUCUCUACAGCUUAGCGUCUUCUGUCCCCAAUGUGCCCUACGCUUCACGGCCGUUCCUCCCAUGUCAGAAUCAGCGACUUGGACCAUACAGGC